GGAUAACCAGAAAGAGUAUAACGUUAUGAACAGAAUAUUUUUUGUGAAUUAUUAAUUUAUUUUGGUGCGAUUUUAACAACAUCUAUGUAUCAAUUAGUUUUGUUGUGGUUGUUAUCAUGUGCGGAAGGCGUUUGGACUUUUAAGCUGAUGAAAGGACCAACUUGCGGCACCGAAGCAAGUUAUAACCUGAUUCAUCACAAUCCCUGGUUGACGUAUAUAGAAUAUUGGAGGGGGGAGACCAGGAAUGAUAUCAGAUGUGCUGCUUCUCUCAUCGACAGUAGACAUCUCCUCACGGCAGCUCAUUGCAUCAAGACUCCUAAGUUUACCAGGUUAGUAGCACGACUUGGUGAAUACGAUUUGACCAGCCAAGAAGAUUGUGUAAAUGGAGUCUGUGCUGAUCCUAUCGUCAGAUUAGAAGUAGGAGACGCCAUUGUUCAUCCAGGAUAUGAUGGGAAAAACCAUGAUCUUGCAGUUUUGAAGCUGGCGGAAGACGCCCCCUAUACAGACUUCAUCCGCCCAGUCUGUCUCCCAUCCGGAGAUCUCCCACCCAACACGGUGUUCGCAGCUACAGGUUGGGGAGAAAUACCCCAAAAAGGGUACUACAGCACCGUCAAGAAAAUCAUACCUUUACCUUUGUGGACACGAGAAAAAUGCGAAGCUACGUACGGAGCUAGGAAGGUCCCCAUUAAUACUAUCUGCGCUGGUGGUGAAGAAGGCAUUGAUACUUGCAGAGGAGAUUCCGGUGGUCCUUUAAUCUGGGUCAAAAGUAAGGCCGAGUUGUGGGGAGUGACCAGUGCAGGGAAUAGUCACUGUGGAACUAAAAACUCGCCAGGUUUAUACACGAAUGUAGCUGAUCAUUUAGAAUGGGUUAAAGAUGUUAUUUCAGGGAAUUAUAAGCACACUCCUAGAGUAGACUUUGAUGUAUUAUAAGUAAAAAAAGU